AUGGCUAAGUGGCUAAAGCUUUGCUAUAUGCUGCUACUCUUUAAUGUCGCCGCUUUAAACUUACCAGUAACCGAAGCCAUUUUAGCGACGCCAUCUGGCAAGACUUACGCAAGAAUAAAUGAGGAUAUAAUUUUAUUAUGUACAGCCAAAAAGACCGAUAACUCAGGAAGAAACUUAGAAUUACUGACACUGACACUUCAGAAGUCCCCAUUCCCACGGUUAAUGUUAAUUAUUGGUCCUUUUAACGAAUAUAUGACUGGCGAAAUUAAGCCAUCAAAUCGUAUGAAAAGUUUCUACAACAAGACUUCAACAGAAGUAACAUUGGGAUUAACCAUUAAGAAUUUGGUCACCAGCGAUGGCGGAAACUAUAUAUGGACAGCCUCAUAUCAACCAAACCAUGAAAAAGUCAUAACUACAACAGUCGUUGUUAUGAGCCCACCGGAGCCUCCUGCUUCUUUUAAGCCUGAGAACCUUACGAAUUCCUCAGUCUAUUUUUCCUGGAAGCCGGGAUACGAUAACGGCUUCAGGCAACAUUUUAUAAUCAGAUGUAAGGCACAAGGUCUUUCGCAACAUCUUGUUAACACAGAAACAAAUCAAACAUCACUGACGAUGAAAGGUCUUAGAAAGAACACGCUAUACAUCUGCUCUCUGUCUGCAAGAAAUCGAAUUGGUGAUAGCGGGACUUUAGGAACUAUGUUUAUAACUGGAAACUACGGUCCUAAUCCAACAGACACUGUUAUUGCGCUAACUGUCACCAAAAGUACAACAACAUUCUCGACAUCUCCUAUCCAAACUACCACAACUCCCAUCAAAACUAUCACAACUCCUAUCAAAACUACAACAACUAAUCAUAUACCUACUACAGUUGCCUCAACGACGAAAACUCAUACUGUAGAAUCAUCAGUACCUACUAGUUCUCCAACGUGGCUAUACACUGAUAGCUUUACAACUUCGGAUAUUGAAGAAGAAACUGCUACAGUCUCUAUUGGACAAAGUGAAAAUUCAGUUAAAACUGAGCCGUCGACACCUUCAUCGACUUUAAUUGGCGAUAGUACCGAUAAUGUUAUAUCCAACUCUAGCGAUGAUAGUACACCCAGUGAUAGUUACGUGCAAACUACGCAAACACCCGGAACAGACGAAAUCGUAACUAUUGAAAAUAAGACACCAAGUAAUGCUAGGAGAUAUCUCCAAACUAGCAACUAUUUCUAUAGCAAUUUAGCGAUAAGAUUUGAAAAUAAACCAAAAACGGAAUCGACUACAACCUUAAAGAGCACUUCUAGUGCUGAGACUGUGGUCAGUCAUCCUUUUACCGAUGGAAUCUCAACCACAACAUCAAUCCCUACUAUGACUAAUCCAGUAGCGGUUACAACCGAUUUCUCUAAAUCAACGACUGCAAAUGCUCUGCCAAAUAUCGAUGGUGGAUCUAUCAUUGGAAUAAGCGUUGGAUUAAGUUGCGUGCUAGUUAUGCUCGUAAUUUCAGGCAUUAUUUUUGUAAUGAAGAGAAAAUCCAACCAUAAAAAAAGGGAGGAAGUUGAAUUAUUCUACUUUCACAUUUCCAGUAAUCCAGCUAUAGUUGAUAUUCAUUUUCGAUUUUUAUUCACAAAACUAACGAUAGACAAUUUCAUUAAUCGUUCCUACAAGGGUACAUGA